CGGUCAGAGCUUGGCUGGAGAGUGAGGGAUUUCUAAAAGAUUUAUGCAGGAAUGAUUGCAAAAAUAUAUAGGAAAGCAUCAUGCAAAGCCAUAUGCAUUUAGCCUCAAAUGAACCACAAGCGACGGUGUGUGUUUCGUCCGACAGUAUUUAACCUUUCAACGAUACUGCCACAUCAGCAACGCUGCCAUUAACCAACCAGAUCAUCGGUUACUCGUUUCAACACAAAACCCGGUAAUAUCGUAGAUUGAAAACCCGAAUCAAAAUAACCCUAUUACAUCUCAUGAGGGCAUUUCAUCGUCUGUAGAGGAUUCGUUAUUCUUUGAUAAGUGUUAGUGAUGGCAGACAGCAUCAUGAGUAAAGCUGCCACGAUGGAGAUCCCUAUUAACAGCAACGGGGAUACGGGGAGUCUGGCAGGGGAUGACAGCCUCGAGCAGGCUGCACAGAUUCAAUGGAGCUUAGAUGAGAAGGACUUGCAGCAGGUCAUGGUGUCGGGACCCAACCUCAACGAGACCAGUAUUGUGUCCGGGGGCUAUGGCGGCCCAGCUGGGGGGAUCAUCCCAACCAGCUCGAUCAAAGGCCCCGCCGUUCGUUACAACCCUGAAUAUUUGGACCGAAGGAGAACUCCUGAGCAGAGAACAGGUGUCGACAUCCGCAUGAAGGCCCGCGCCGCUAACAUCCAGCACAGCCCCCCGUCAGGUCAUCCAGUCACCAGCAUGAUUCAGCAGCACCCAGGCUCCAUGCACCACAGCCCUAGCGGCUCCGGGCUGGCGUCGGAGGAGGUGGCCCGCGGCGUCGCCGUGGAGAAGCUGGACAGCGUGAAGAAGUGGGGCAUCAACACCUACAAGUGCACCAAGCAGAUGCUGUCGGAGCGGUUUGGUCGGGGCUCCAGGACCGUGGACCUGGAGCUGGAGGCGCAGAUCGAGGUGCUCCGGGAGACCAAGGUGAAGUACGAGCAGGUCCUGAGGCUGGCCACCGCCCUCAUCAGCCACUUCAACAACAUGGUGCAGACACAGCAGGCCCUGGGCGACUCCUUCGCCGACCUCAGCCAGAAGUCCCCUGAGCUGCAGGAUGAGUUUGGUUACAACGCCGAGACCCAAAAGCUGCUGUGCAAGAACGGAGACAGCCUGCUGGGAGCCAUCAACUUCUUCGUCUGCAGCAUCAACACCCUGAUCAACAAAACCAUGGAGGACACCUUACUGACCAUCAGACUGUAUGAGGCUGCUAGGCUGGAGUUCGAUGCGUACCGGUCGGACCUGGAGGAGCUGAGCCUGGGGCCCCGAGACGCGGCGGCGGCGAUGAGGAUCGACGCUGCCCAGCAGGACUACCACCUCCACCGAGACAAGUACGAACGCCUCCGCAGCGACGUCACCAUCAAGCUCAAGUUCCUGGAGGAGAACAAGGUGAAGGUGAUGCACAAACAGCUGCUCCUCUUCCACAACGCCAUCUCUGCCUACUUCGCUGGCAACCAGCAGCAGCUGGAGCAGACUCUGGUCCAGUUCAACGUCAAGCUAAAGCCCGGAGCCGACAAACCCUCCUGGCUGGAGGAACAGUAGACUGCAACAUGCCGCAUACCUGGUGGGG